AACACGGGAAGAGCAUGGCUAUUUCACUUCUUUUAUCAUUUUAACGGACAGGUUUUACUUUUACUUUACUUUUUUAAACGUUGUAUAAUGGGACAUAUUUGUAUUUUAGAAUAGGCGCAGAUGGAUUUGCACGUGUGGCUGGACUGUGCACUGUCUCAUAUAAACUUUGCAGCUGUACUUGUCUUUGUAGUAGUGUAUUAUGUCUUGGUCACGUAUCGUAAGCGUCAGAAACUAUUCGCAAAUAUCCCUCCAGGCCCCAAACCAUGGCCUGUAGUGGGGAACUUCGGACACUUUUUGAUUCCCCCCUUUGUGCGGGGUCUUUUGCAGCAGCCAGUGACGAAUAGACAGAACAUGAACGCCAUGGAGUAUUUCACUGACAUGUCUAAAGUGUAUGGAGACGUGUUCAGUCUGUUUGCAGGUACGAGCCUCAUGGUGGUGCUGAAUGGAUAUAAAGUGCUCAAAGAGGCUCUUUCUAACCACACAGACGUGUUCUCCGACAGACCGGACAUCCCAACUGUCACCAUUAUGACUAAACGGAAAGGAAUCGUCUUUGCCCCUUAUGGAUCUGUGUGGAAAAAGCAGCGCAAGUUUUGCCACUCCACGCUGAGAAACUUUGGACUUGGAAAGUUAAGUUUAGAACCCUGCAUCUUACAAGGCCUGGAUACCAUCAAGACCCAGUUGCUUCAUCUCCGUAAACACUGUGGAUCUGCUGGGAUGGAUCUGGCCCCUCUUGUAAGUAACGCCGUAUCCAAUGUCAUCUGCUCCAUGGCUUUAGGUCAGCGCUUCCACCACGACGACCAGGAGUUCCGCACUUUACUCAACCUGAUGGCACGUGGACUGGAGAUUUGCGUCAACAGCCCUGCAGUACUCAUCAACGUCUUUCCUCUACUGUAUUAUUUGCCAUUUGGCGUCUUCUGGGAGUUACGACAGGUGGAAAGAGACAUCACGGCAUUUCUGAAGAGGAUUAUUAAAACACACAGAGAAACGCUGGAUCCAGACAACCCUCGAGAUCUUGUUGACAUGUACCUUUUGGAGAUGUUGGCCCAGCAAGCUGCCGGAGAGGAAGACAGCAGCUUCACGGAGGAUUACCUCUUUUAUAUAAUAGGGGAUCUUUUCAUAGCUGGCACUGAUACCACCACUAAUUCAGUCCUGUGGAUUCUGUUCUACAUGGUCUUAUACCCUGACAUCCAAGAGAAAGUGCAGGAAGAGAUUGACACAGUGAUCGGGCAACACCAGACUCCAUCUAUGAACGAUAAGGGCAGGCUUCCUUUCACAGAGGCGACCAUCAUGGAGGUGCAGAGGCUGACAGUGGUGGUUCCUCUGGCUAUCCCCCACAUGACUUCUAGGGACACAGAGUUUUGUGGCUACACAAUUCCCAAGGGUACAGUGAUUAUACCCAACCUGUGGUCCGUACAUAGGGAUCCGACUGUAUGGGAUGAGCCUGACCUUUUUAAUCCGACACGCUUCCUGGAUCAAGAAGGAAAACUGCUCAGGAAACAGUACUUCAUACCUUUUGGGAUUGGUCCCAGGGUGUGCAUGGGGGAACAGCUCGCUAAGAUGGAGCUGUUCUUGAUGGUCACCAGUUUACUCCAGGCUUUCACAUUCAGCUUACCAAAGGGACAGUCUCCUUCUCCUCUGCAGGGACGCUUCGGCCUGACCUGGGCCCCCUCACCGUUCACCGUGUGUGUGAGCCCGAGGAGCUCAAGAUAACAUCAGCAGAGAUUAUACAAAUGACUUACAAUUUAGCCCACACAUAUCAUUGCAUAGCCACUUUUUUAACCUCUAUUGAGAACAAUGAAAUUAAUGUAAAUAAAUAUACUAUUGCUGUAAGUCUCAAAUAUGACUUAAACUAUGGCACUUUAACCUGAAUGGAUAAAGUUAUCCCAUUGCGCGUG